UCGCUAGGCUGGGGGCGGACAGGCCCGGGAGUAGGGAGCUUUAUCUUCGCUUGCUUCGGGGCUGGCUGUACUGCCGGCCUUGGACCGUGGGAGAGGUGUCCGCAGCCCACCUUCCCGCCAGCCGCGCUGCGAGGGCUUCCUGGCUUUGCCUGUCUCGCCCGCUGUCGGGCUCCAGCCGCAGACAAGACAAUGGUGGGUGAAGAGAAGACAUCUCUCAGAAAACGGUCGUCGAAGUCUGGGGAAAACUCUGAGGAAAAAGAAAACCAGAAAAAGCCUUCAAAAGAGUCCCCAGGGCCCUCUGGUAAUGGUAGGAUUGACAUAAAACAGUUGAUGGUAAAGAAGAUACGGCUGACAGCAGAGGCAGAGGAAUUGAAGCCAUUUUUUAUGAAGGAAGUUGGCAGUCACUUUGAUGAUUUUGUGAACAACCUCAUUGAAAAAUCAACAUCAUUAGACAGUGAUGGGUGUGCUAUCACGAGCUUUUCUGUUCUCGAAGGAGAAAAUAAUCACAGGGCUAAAGAUCUCAGAGCACCUCCAGAACAUGGAAAGAUUUUUGUUGUAAGGCGGUCUCUCUUAGAUGAGCUGUUUGAGGUGGACCACAUCAGAACAAUAUACCACAUGUUUAUUGCCCUGCUCAUUCUCUUUAUCCUCAGCACACUGGUAGUAGAUUACAUUGAUGAAGGAAGGCUGGUGCUUGAGUUCAGUCUCAUUUCUUAUGCUUUUGGCAAAUUUCCUAUUGCUAUGUGGACAUGGUGGACCAUGUUUUUGAGUACACUUGCAGUCCCCUAUUUCCUCUUUCAACGUUGGGCCAGAGGCUACAGCCAGAGUUCUCAUGCAGUGCUCCAUUCUCUCAUCCACGCCUUCUUUUUCGUGGGCUUCCUGAUGGGAGUUCUAGGUUUGGGACCAACAUACGUUGCAUUAGCUUAUACACUACCACCAGCUUCCCGGUUAAUUGUUAUAUUGGAACAGAUUCGUUUCAUAAUGAAGGCCUAUUCAUUUGUCAGAGAGAAUGUGCCUCGGGUACUAAAUUCAGCUAAGGAGAAAUCAAAGACUGUUCCGGUGCCCACAGUCAACCAGUAUUUGUACUUCCUGUUUGCUCCUACCCUCAUUUACCGCGACAACUAUCCUAGGACUCCCACUGUAAGAUGGGGUUAUGUUGCAAUGCAGUUUUUACAGGUUUUUGGUUGCCUUUUUUAUAUGUACUACAUCUUUGAAAGGCUCUGCGCCCCCUUGUUUCGGAAUAUCAAACAGGAGCCCUUCAGCGCUCGCGUUCUGGUCCUCUGCGUAUUCAAUUCCAUCUUGCCAGGUGUGCUGAUACUGUUCCUUAUGUUUUUUGCCUUUUUGCACUGCUGGCUCAAUGCCUUUGCUGAGAUGUUAUGCUUUGGUGACAGGAUGUUUUAUAGGGACUGGUGGAACUCUACAUCAUAUGCUAACUAUUACAGGACCUGGAAUGUGGUGGUUCAUGACUGGCUAUAUUACUAUGCUUACAAGGACUUUCUCUGGUUUUUCACGAAGAGAUUCAGGUGGGCUGCUAUGUUAGCUGUCUUUGCUGUGUCUGCUGUAGUGCAUGAGUAUGCCUUGGCUGUGUGCUUGAACUUUUUCUAUCCAGUGCUUUUCGUGCUCUUCAUGUUCUUUGGAAUGGCUUUCAACUUCAUUGUCAAUGAUAGUCGGAAAAGGCCAAUUUGGAAUGUUAUGGUGUGGACUUCCCUUUUCGCGGGCAAUGGAGUCAUGCUGUGCUUUUAUUCCCAAGAGUGGUAUGCACGUCAGCACUGUCCUCUGAAAAACCCCACAUUUCUGGAUUAUAUCCGUCCACGUUCCUGGACUUGUCGGUACGUGUUUUAGAAGCUUGGACUCUGUUUCAUUCCUUGACACUGAAGAUGGGAUUUCCACCUGAUUUGGGGCCAGCAUCUGUUUCCAGCUGUUACUGUGUUAUUUGGACCACUCCAGGCUUUACAGAUGGCUCACUCCGUUCCUAGGUCAGCUGAGAUGUUGGAAGUUUACUGGAAUCUUGUGCACUUAAAGAAGUUUCUUUUUCCUACCUUUUUGGGAGAAGGGAGACUUAUAGAUGGCAUAAUGACAGACUUUUGCUGGGUUUUUGUUUUUUGACUCCAUCUAAACAUCAUGACUAAACGUCAUGUUUCCUUGGCCACUGAAUUAGCCAAAACACAAAGAAGUCAUUUAAAUAUUUUAGGCUUAGAAAUUUUUUCAUGCACAUUGUUGGAAUGUAUGCUAAUUAACUGUGUACUUGGGAAAGAAAAAAUAAUGUGGAACAUUUUGCUGUUUUUAGUAGAGCGGAAAUAACCAGUUUCCAAAGAUAAUCUUGUUAAACAUCCUAAUUGUAUUUUUUAUUUUGAAAAUUCAGUUCUAUUCAGUUUUUGCCUUGUUUUCUCUAUAAAGUAUAGGUCAUGAUUUAUGUGAAGCAUAAUUUUACCUUUCACUUUGAAUUCCUGAGUUUACAUCCGAAAUAUUAUAAACUGAGGGGAAUAGAAGUAGGAAGGGAAAAUGAAAGAAGUGACACAGGACAAAGAAAACAUUUCCUUUUACAGUUUCCAAAGCAAUUUUUUAAAGACUUGCUGAAUCAAUCAUGUGUUUAAAUUAUUUUAUCAUGGAACUUAUGUGGAACAUAACUUGUUUUGUUUAAACUUUAAGGUAAUAACUUUUUGGAAAUUAUUCAGAAGUACCCUUUGGUAUACUUACUGUUUAAUAAAUACUGACUUGAAAUAUUUUGCAGACUAGUAAGUCUGUGACAUGUAAGUAUUAAUCACCUUCAUUAAUAUUAAAUUGAUUUUUAAAGAUCCAGAA